UACCCUCGCAGUGGCGGGAAUCCAUCUACUUCCGCUUCUCCUCCUCCUCCUUCUUCUCUCCGAUUCGUCGCCUUCGCUCUGUCCUUCAGCUGUCUCCAUGGCCGGCGGCAACGGCAAGCGGAGAGGGGUGCAGCAUUCGACGCCGCCGAACCCGCCGAAGCGAUCGCAGUUCGACCGCCAAAACCCUCAACCGCAGCAACCGUUGCCGACGAAUGAAUCGGCGGCGGAGGAGGAGAUGAUGGACGAGGAUGUGUUCCUGGAUGAGACCAUGUACCAAGAGGACGAGGAGGCCCUCAUCCUCCUCCGCGACGAGGCCCUCUCGUCUCGCCUCUCCAAGUGGAAACGCCCUGCACUCUCCCCCUCUUAUUUCUCCGGCUCCGAAAACAUCGUUUUUCAGCAGCUUGAGAUCGAUUAUGUCAUUGGGGAAAGCCACAAAGAACUGUUGCUUAGCUCAUCUGGGCCUUCAGCGAUUCUCAGGAUCUUUGGCGUCACGAGAGAAGGUCACAGUGUCUGCUGUCAUGUUCACGGUUUUGAGCCUUACUUUUAUAUAAAAUGCCCUAUGGGGAUGGGGCCUGACGAUAUCUCCCGCUUCCACCAAACACUAGAGGGGAGAAUGAGAGAAUCAAAUAGAAACAACAAUGUAGCAAGGUUCAUUAGGCGGAUUGAGUUGGUGCAGAAGAAGAGCAUUAUGUGUUACCAGAAAGAUCAGUCUCAUCCUUUUCUUAAGAUCGUGGUUGCCUUACCUACUAUGGUUGCCAGUUGUCGUGGUAUUCUUGAGAAGGGUAUUACAAUUGAAGGCAUUGGUUCAAGGAAUUUUGACACAUACGAAAGCAACAUUCUUUUUGCACUUCGAUUCAUGAUUGAUUGUAACAUUGUUGGUGGAAAUUGGAUAGAAGUCCCUGCUGGAAGUUAUAGAAAGGUGAUCAAGAGUAUGUCUUAUUGUCAACUGGAAGUUGAUUGCUUAUAUUCUGAGCUGAUCAGUCAUGCUCCUGAAGGGAAAUACUCAAAAAUGGCUCCGUUUCGAAUAUUAAGUUUCGAUAUCGAGUGUGCUGGUCGUAAAGGACUCUUUCCUGAGCCAACUCAUGAUCCUGUGAUUCAGAUUGCAAAUUUAGUCACCCUUCAAGGAGAUGAUCAUCCUUUUAUACAAAAUGUCAUGACUCUUAAGUCAUGUUCUCCAAUUGUUGGAGUUGAUGUGAUGUCAUUUGAUACGGAGCGGGAUGUUUUACUGGCUUGGAGGGAUUUAAUUCGUGAGGUUGACCCGGAUAUUAUAAUUGGAUAUAACAUAUGCAAAUUUGACUUACCUUAUCUUAUUGAGAGAGCUGCAGCCCUUAAGAUAGGUGAGUUCCCAACACUUGGUCGCAUAAGAAACAGCCGGCUACGUGUUAGAGAUACAACAUUCUCAUCGAGGCAAUAUGGCGUGAGGGAGAGCAAGGAAGUUACAGUGGAGGGAAGAGUCCAGUUUGAUCUGUUUCAGGCUAUGCAAAGGGAUUACAAGCUUAGUUCAUAUUCUCUUAAUUCAGUCUCGGCACAUUUUCUUGGGGAGCAAAAAGAAGAUGUGCAUCAUUCAAUAAUAUCUGACCUCCAAAAUGGUAAUCCAGAAACUAGAAGACGACUAGCUGUCUACUGUUUGAAGGAUGCUUAUCUUCCACAACGACUUCUGGACAAAUUGAUGUACAUUUACAACUAUGUGGAGAUGGCACGAGUUACUGGUGUGCCAAUAUCAUUUUUACUUUCAAGAGGCCAGAGCAUCAAGGUUCUUUCUCAACUCCUAAGGAAAGCUAAACAGAGGAAUCUUGUUAUUCCAAAUGUCAAAGGGCAAGGAUCUGCUCAAGAAUCUUUUGAAGGCGCAACUGUGUUGGAGGCAAAUACUGGUUUUUAUGAAAAGCCCAUUGCAACUUUGGACUUUGCUUCUUUAUAUCCAUCCAUCAUGAUGGCAUACAAUUUGUGUUAUUGCACAUUGGUUAAAUCAGAAGAUGCCCAUAGGUUAAACUUUCCAGCAGAAAGUGUAAACAAAACUCCAUCUGGUGAAAUUUUUGUCAAACCUGAAUUGCAAAAGGGCAUACUUCCUGAAAUUCUAGAAGAGCUAUUGACUGCACGUAAGAGAGCAAAAGCUGAUCUGAAGGAAGCUAAAGAUCCAUUUGAGAAGGCUGUACUGGAUGGACGCCAGUUGGCUUUGAAAAUAAGUGCAAACUCUGUAUAUGGGUUUACUGGAGCUACUGUUGGUCAAUUACCUUGUUUAGAAAUUUCUUCUAGUGUGACAAGCUACGGUCGACAAAUGAUUGAGCACACAAAGAAGAUGGUAGAAGAGAAAUUUAUUACAAGUGGUGGCUACGAUCAUAAUGCAGAGGUUAUUUAUGGGGACACUGACUCUGUUAUGGUACAAUUCGGUGUGCCUUCUGUAGAGGAAGCAAUGAAGUUAGGAAGAGAAGCAUCAGAAUAUAUUACAGGAACUUUCAUAAAGCCCAUUAGGCUAGAAUUUGAAAAGGUCUAUUAUCCCUAUCUGCUAAUAAGCAAGAAGAGAUAUGCUGGAUUGUACUGGACAAAGCCUGAUAGUUUUGACAAAAUGGACACAAAAGGCAUUGAGACAGUCAGAAGAGACAACUGUUUGUUGGUAAAGAAUCUGGUAAAUGAAUGCCUACACAAGAUACUAAUUGACCGAGAUAUUCCUGGUGCAGUUCAAUAUGUGAAGAACACAAUUUCAGAUCUUUUAAUGAACCGUGUGGAUUUGUCUCUUUUGGUUAUAACAAAGGGUCUGACCAAAACUGGAAGUGAUUAUAAUGUAAAGUCUGCACAUGUUGAGCUUGCUGAAAAAAUGCGAAAAAGGGAUGCGGCAACUGCUCCUAAUGUUGGUGACCGAGUUCCAUUUGUUAUAAUUAAAGGCACAAAAGAUGCCAAGGCCUAUGAGAAGUCUGAAGAUCCGAUUUAUGUCCUUGAGAAUAAUAUUCCGAUAGACCCUCAAUACUAUCUGACAAAUCAGAUCAGCAAGCCACUCCUAAGAAUAUUUGAGCCUAUUCUGAAAAACGCCAGUAAAGAGCUUCUUCAGGGAAGUCAUACGAGAUCCGUGUCUAUUUCAACGCCUUCAAACAGUGGCAUAAUGAAAUUUGCCAAGAAACAACUUAGCUGUCUUGGAUGCAAGGCAGUCAUCAGCAAUCAAGAACAAACACUGUGCUCGCAUUGCAAGGGAAGAGAAGCUGAGUUAUACUGCAAAACUGUAUCAAAUGUUUCUGAAUUGGAGAUGCUUUUUGGCCAAUUGUGGACACAGUGCCAAGAAUGCCAAGGCUCACUUCACCAAGACGUGUUGUGCACAAGUCGGGACUGCCCGAUCUUCUAUCGAAGGAAGAAAGCACAAAAAGACAUGGCCGAAGCUAGGUCACAACUUGAUCGCUGGAGUUUCUAAGUGGUUGAGUUCAACACGGUAAACUUUCCAAGCCCUAACUAACAUUCAGAACUAGACACAAAAACAUUUGGCCUCUUCUUCCUUGAGUGAAAUUUAUGCUUGCGGAAAUUAUCUGUUUUCAAACGGCACAUGUUGAUGAUCUAAGUCGAAUGAUUUUUGAAGGCCAAAUUUAUUUGGACUUCAUCUCAUUGUAUCGCGACUUAAAGGUGAACCAAGAGUUUCUACUUCUCGAA